CAAUCUGACAUGUGACUUUCAGAGAUACCGUGACAUUCUAAGGUCAUGUAAGAUGGGAAAAGAACUUCUCUUCAAGAAACCGUACGUAGAUCAAGGGGAAGAAGAAAAUCCGCUGGGCAAGGAAGGACACUUGCCAUCAGGAUCAACGGAUAUGAAUGCCGAUCCAGAGGAUGGUGACCCAGAUGAUUUUGAGUUGGAUGGAAUGGUGGAUCUGGAACAGCCAUGUAAUGUGAAUCAGCAGACUGCCAUCGCACGGGCAGCAACAAGAAUAGCCCUUUACAUGAUGCGGGAAGAACUUGGAGACCCUGUGUUAGGCGAGAAACAACAUACACAUGCUCAUGAUUUCUUUGUUGUAAACUCAUGCAAAGUUUAUUGUAAGGUGAAACAGCCUCCUUUCAGUAGUUUAUAUGUAAAUGGUAGACAAGACACAUUAAAAUUAACGAGCUGUGUAUCUAAUAAUACUGCAAGCGAUCCAGGCCACAUGAAUAUGGAAGUGAAUCAGAGCAACACAUCCAGUGGAGUGUGGUCUGAUGAGGGGUGCAGAGGGAGUCAAAAUGGACAUACUGUGGAACAGUGCGAUAAACAUGUGUUAAGUGGACCAGCACUUGAAAGCAAACAGGAACAAAGUAUGGCAAACAUAAGCCAAAGUGGAAUCAGUUCUCCAAACAAUGAGAUCUACAAGAAUGAAGGAGCAGAAGCUAUGAACAUUGAUCAGACCGAUCAGGAUGACUCAGAUACUGUGUGUAAUAAUCAGGUGAAACAUAUUGAAGGGGAACAUGCAAUGAAAGGAGGCAAUGAAAGUAGUCAAGAUUUAUUGAAGUGUGUUUCAGAUCAUAACCAAGGUUUUCAAAGUGAAAUAAAAUACACUGACAGAGAUAUGGAUGCUCCUGUUGCUUCAUCAAGCAAGGCUGAAGAGCCGCCUGUACAUGACAUUUUGUUGCCCAUUACAUGCAAAGAAGCAAUGAACAUACUGGAAGAAAUCAAUCGCAAUCUCUUGGUGUCCGAUGAACAUGUAACAGAGGAGGAAGUGAACAGAGUAUUCAUUCUGUCUGGAGCAACAGAUGGAGACUGGAAGAAGGCUAAAGACAUUCUGGCCUUUGUUAUGGAGAAGAAAGAGAUUGGAGCUACAAUAAAGGAGAUAAGGAAGAAUUUCAGAAAGCCCAAAUCUCCGAUGUCACUGGCUGAGGUCCUAGCAUUAUUGACCAAGUCCAGGUCAUUGUAUCGUUCAGGUGUGACAACUGUGCAUUACAUAUAUCAUAUGUUCAUGAAACCUUGGCUGGUCCAUUCGUACAAACUGUUGCGACUGGAACGUGAGAAACAGCAGCCUCCACCACAACAAGCUGUAAUGAACGUGGCUGUUCAGGACAACCAUGAAAGUUCUGAGAACACACAUGAAAGGAUACGUGCCUGGAGGCGUCGGAAAUUGCUUGCUGCUUCUCGGGAAGUGGAACGAGCUGUGCAGACCGUACAGUUAAGUGGAUCAGAGAAGAUACACGUAGCAAUCAGACCAUGGGUCCGAGUGGAUGGAUCUCUCAACAGGCGAGUUCUUGACCGCAUGCUGGGGUCAGUUCUAGGUCAUUCCAUGAACACACCUGGAGUCUCAAUCAAAGAUAUAGCUGACCACUUUAGUCCAGCACUGCAGCCCUACCAAGUCAGGGAACUAACUGAGAUGUUGCAAAUGCUGGGAUGUGUGAAACUGUUAGUGGUGAAGAAAUCAUGUAGGACAACUCUCUUCUCAAAACCAUCCACCGUGAAUUUAAGCCCUGCAGAUGGGACAGAAGAUGAAGCAAAAAUUGUCAUAGAGCCACAACCAGAUGCAGUUCUGAGGCUGGGCCAGUUCAUUGGUGACAAAACCUAUCUCCGUGAUUUUCUUAGUUUAUAAGUACAAGGUGAGUGUUCCAGAAAUUAUGAAUGAAGCCAAAACUAAUAUAAACAACACAAACAGUUUGAGAAUGACUGGAAUUUUGUGCAUCCCUCUGUAUGUGGGUGAAGCAGUACUUCUGGCUCUCAGUUGCUCCAGUUACAAGUGUCACAAAUAUCUAUAUAUGAUGAGUAUUUAUGUAAACUGCUUCAGUAAAGUCCAGUAAUCUCUUCCAUUGCAGCAACGUAAGAGAGUAUAAAUGCAGUUCUUGUUGGGUGAAUCUGGUUUCUAUUGUUGAUGCUUAUAUUCCUGUCUGCUCUCUGUUCCAUUUGCUGUGCUCAGUGAAAAACAGGUUCCUGUGAGCAUAAUUUUUUUUUCUUUUCUGCAGUAGUAAUUGGUUUGUUAUUUAACAAUGCUGCUGUCAGCAUCCUGACUAUAUAAUGUUUGAUGACAGGAUGACUAAUGAAUGUAGAGCAGUUGGUGGAAUGAAAAUUGGCAGGGUAAACUGAGGUACUAUGCCCUUUGUUUAUCCAAUAUUAUUUGCUGUGUACCAUUUUUAAUUCAGUUCCUAAUGCAAAACAAGAUCUUUUACAUUCUUAUUACACAUUUCUUAAUGAACUUUGUGAUAUGGUGUCACAAAUGCUCUUUACAAAUAUCAUUGAUGAAAGUACAAACAUUUGCAUUGGUUCUGUCAUAAUAUUAUUCUCAUGUCCUCCAGCAAUUCAAUUACUCCUGUAUCACAUGAAUGAAUAUCAACUCUGUCAAAGCUUAAAGAAGAGGUGCAUUCACUACUUGAAAAUUUUAGCUAUAACCUCUGCUAAGGGCUCUUUAAUUUCAUGUUAAAAAUUAAUUAAUGCCAUAUUGAAAAUAUAAUAGAAUUACUCUUAUACGAAUUUGACAUCCAAUCACAAUUUUGUAGAUAAUUUUCGUGUAGCCCCAUUGCCCAUAACAGCUACAAACCCAACAUGUGUUGCUGCUUAGAUAGAUCUGAUAUUGGUCAACAUACAGGAUUUAGAAUGAAAUUAUUAAAUUGUAAAAGAAAGUACUUUUAGGGCUACGUUCUAUUAACUGCAUAUUGGAAGCAUAGCGCCAACAGUAGAAUGUCCAGUAUAUGAGACUGUAAUAUGGAUGUGAAUGGAAACCAGGUACUAGGUUGCUUCUGGUGGUCAGUUUGUGCCUCAGUUGAAUGUUAAACUGAUCGUUGUUAAAAUAUAUAUAUAUACACGCACACAAAGAAUUUGAAAUAUAUACUGCUUGAUGCCUCAUCUCGUUUUGAGUUUUAAGGCACUGGUAACAUACAUACAAGCUGAGAGUAUAUUAGUCUCUUUGCUUCUGAUGCCUCUGUUAACACUUCUCACCAAAAUGCGAGACGCCAUAACCAUCAAAACACACCACCCUUUUUUGCAUGCCUUUUGAGCAUAAACACAGAGUCGAAAUAUAGUACUUAUUUUUAAGGCACUGUGCGUUGCCUUUGGGGUACACAUCAGAAUGAGUCUUACAUACACAUAUGAGAACAUAAUUUUUUUUUAAAACAUGACCUCAGCAUGAACUCCAAAAAUUGCCAGUAUUCUAAUGUAAGCCAUAUCGCACAUAUUAUCAGAAAUUAAAUGCUUCAUUAUCACAUGAAUUUUCCAUUCUUUAACUCUUAAUGUAAUGGCGCAAUGCUCUCAGAUCAGGGCAGUCUCACACAUUCACUCUGAAGUCUAUGACGUUUCCAGACUGACAAGCUAUGGCAAUGAAUGCCUGACAGCUUCCUGAGACCAUCCAAAACAUUUUUAUUUAAUGCGUCAGUAGCAAUAAUCAUUUCUUACCCUAGAAUUGUGUCCUGCAGCUGUUUAGCAAAAUGAGUUGCUUCCAGAGUUUGCCCGAAAGGCAAGCGUGCCUUCAGAGAAGUGACUGAAGUAAGGCUUGAAAGGCUGUCAAGUCUAACAAUGGAUAUUUCAUGGUAAUGAUUUUCUGUUUCAUUAAAAAUAUUAGUAAAACAUUCCUGAGAAUUAAGUACCAUGAAAUAGUAUUUGUUGUGUAUUUUCUUAUGGUUCAUCAUAUAAAAAAAUAUGUACAUAAGAUAAAUAUGUAUACUAGUAAUAAAUAUAAAACUUUUGUCUGAAA